AUGAAGGACCAAGAUUUUGACAUCUCAGAAGAAGUUCUCAACUUAUCUACAGGUCGUUGGAUCAAAAAGAAUGGAAAGUUAUUCCAAAAAUUGUUGCGUAAAGGUUAUAAAUAUACUAAAGACCUUUCACAUUAUUUAGAUGAUGUUCCGCUAAUAGAUCUAGAUGAAUAUGGUAUAAUCUAUCCCUUAGCUGACUUCUUUUAUUCUGCUUUGAUUCCGUCUCUUUCUACUUUAGCAAAAAUGAGGGAUAUAUGUAAAAGAUACCCCAUUUCUAUGGGAUACCCUGGAUAUAACUUAUCUCAAUUAUUAGAAAUGUGUUGGAAUCAUAGAGAAACUCAGGAAUGGAGAAAUGAUAUACUUGCAAGAUUCCUCCAUCAUCCAAAUUUAACUCUAUCAAAAUAUAAACUGAAUGCUUUGUAUGAUGCAUUCAGUAAAACAGAUGCUCUAGGUCAAGAACAUAUACUUGCUAUAGCGAGAACACUGUAA